GAAGAGCCUCCUCGCCUUCGCCGUCCUGAUGGGGAUCGCCUCGGGGCUCCGGACGGAGGAAGAGCCAAUAAGCAAAUCCAAAAUCUGUGCCAAUGUUUUCUGCGGAGCUGGUCGGGAGUGUGCUGUGACAGAGAAGAGUGAGCCAACCUGCCUGUGUAUUGAGAAAUGUAAGCCUCACAAGAGGCCUGUCUGCGGCAGCAAUGGCAAGACAUACUUGAACCAUUGUGAGCUGCAUCGGGAUGCUUGCCUCACUGGCUCUAAGAUCCAGGUGGAUUAUGAUGGCCACUGCAAAGAGAAGAAGCCUGAGAACUCAGCUGCAAGUCCAGUUGUCUGUUAUCAGUCGGAUCGAGAUGAGCUCCGGCGUCGGGUUAUCCAGUGGCUUGAAGCUGAGAUAAUUCCUGAUGGGUGGUUCUCUAAAGGAAGCAACUACACCGAAAUCUUAGACAAGUACUUCAAGAAUUUUGAUGAUGGGGAUUCUCGCCUGGACUCCAGUGAGUUGCUGAAGUUUGUGGAACAAAAUGAGACAGCUGUGAACAUCACCACCUAUGUUGAUCAAGAGACAAAUAAACUGCUCAGGGGACUCUGCGUAGAUGCCCUCAUUGAGCUCUCUGAUGAAAAUGCUGACUGGAAGCUUAGCUUCAAUGAAUUCUUGAAGUGCCUCAAUCCAGCCUUCAACCCACCAGAAAAAAAAUGUGCUCUGGAAGAUGAAACGUAUGAGGAUGGAGCAGAGACCCAGGUGGAAUGUAAUCGCUGCGUCUGUGCAUGUGGGAACUGGGUGUGUACGGCCAUGACCUGUGAGGGUAGCCACCAGAAGGUGCCUUUGCAGGGACAGCAGCAUGAAGAUAAGUUGACUGAAGAAGAACUGGCCAGAUACGUUCAGGAGCUGCAAAAGCAUCAGGAGACAUCUGAGAAGAUGAAGAAAGUGACCACCAAAGAGAUGUAAGAGGUGUUUACAGGCAAAGAUGUCCAAAAAAGGCAGGGUGCGUUGCCUGACUCACCCACCCGGUCUUCCUUCAGUGCCGAUUUCAGUAUGCAAAUGUGUUUAGGACUUAUUGCUCAGUCACAGAUAUUUACAUUGUCUAGCAAUGAGAGGGGGAUAAAGAAAUGAUCUGUUCUUUUUUUUUAAAUCUAAAAGAAACCACUCCCGUGUUACGAUUUCUGGCGUGAGGAUAAGCAUCUGUAUGCCUGGGGACUGGGGGGCUGGGGGACAGUAAACCCUUCCAACUCUGCAGCCCAUGGAACCCAAAGGAAGCGUCCCCGCUGUGUGUGUGUGACCAUGCUCGCUCUCAGUGGGAGUAUGUGCCGAGAUGAGAGUCUGGCCCGUCUGCAACUACUGCCAUAGGGAAAGGAUUUUAGGGAGGAAGUGCCUGUCAUUCAUAAUAUAUCCCCCAGCAUAUUGCUAUGCCUCACAACAUUCCAUGUUUACAUUUGGCUUUUUUUUUGUUUCAGUGCAGACACGGGACCUUUUGUGCCAUCCUUCCUUCCCCCCCCCCACCUCCAUAUCUUGCUUCAGCCAACUCCUCAAACCCCACAGGGUCUCUUGAUUCGCUUGGUGAAUGUUGUGCACCAUGAUGAGGGUCCUAGCAGAUACAGAUGGCCAAGCGGCCUCUCUUUGCCAGAAGCCAGAAUGUGACCCCAGGGCAUUGUGAAUCCCCAAAGCAACCCCAUUUUCUUUUCCCCCCUCUCUUUUCAAAGGUGCUACAAUAUAUUUUCGUAUCACAUUCUUUCCCUGAGUCUUUCUAAUUAAUGACUUUUAACUGAGCUUUUUGUAUCUUUGAUUUAUAGAUAUCAUUUAUAGUUACUGAAGAAUGCUGUACUUCUGGGUUCAUGCUUUGUAUUAUAGCUGCAUGUAUCAAAGAAGUCAAAUCAGUGCAGCACCAAGGAUAUCCGGAACAUUAGCGGCUGUUCUGGAUUCGAGAAUUCCAGUGCCCACGGUGGGGAAAGAGCCACAGCUUAUGCAUGAAUAGAGUGGAAGAGAGUUUUCAAAGAAGGCUCCCUGCUAUCUCUCGCAGGGCCAUUCCCUCGAGAGAGGGAUAUUUAACUUCCUUCCAGUAGGAGCGGAGAGUCAGUCCUGUUAACUAGACAGAAGGAAACAGUAAUGUUGUUCUGAAAAUGCAGCACCUUCUUGUCAUGUGGCUGACUGGUCAGAUUAAGAGCUUGCGUUUCCUCUCAGUCCUGUGGGCGGUUUUGAACCGUGCACCCCCUGUGUGUACCUCCCGGGUGCUUCCAGUUGUGGCACUGGUGCCAAAAUUUCCCCAAAGGACGCUUGCACAGCUGGGAUUUGCAAGCAGGGUGUUGAUCCAGAUCUUUUUCGCAGAGCUUGUCCCUCGCAGUGCAAGGAUAAAAGUGGCUCCCCAAAUAAGGGCAGGAAUCUGCAGAAGACCACUGAAUAUCUUGAUGUGAGAUCAAAGUCUGUCCCAUGCUGUUCAGGAAUUUUGGCAAUAAAAUCAGGGGACUCUGUCUCCUCUCACUGGUAUAAAUACA